GCCUGCCAUAGACUUGUUGUGUUGUGUUGAAGUCACGCACCUGCGCUUUUGCAUAAAAGGGGUCGUCAUCCCCGAGAGCGUGACGGCAGUUGUUUCAAAUCAACUUCCUUUUUGUUCUUUCUCCUGGCGUUCAUUAGAGAUAACCAAACCGCAGACGCUUACAGAAGUGUUGUUCCACGACUACUCAACGGCUUCUUGACGUUUGAGAAAUAAGGAAAAAUACCGGGUUUCUUCCACCUAGAAAUCCUCGCCGUGGAUUUUAUCUUGUGCCAUUAGAGAAGGACGGCUGACCUCAAACGAGGUUUCGUCAUUUGUUUCCGCACUUAAAGCCGCGCACGUCGCCGUGUUUCUCUUCUGCUCUUUUUUUGUCGUUGCAUCUAGUAGGAGCUAAACGAAGCGAUUCACAACAGCAACAGAACAAGCUCCGACAUAGAUUCUUGUUUUCACACAUAGAAGGUGUUCAGAAGACUCAUGCUGACACACACACACACACAUACACAUACAGUCAUACAAGCGUCACAUACGUUACACACAGACGGUUUGAUCGAAAGUUAAAUGUCAUUAUUUCUAGCCCCAUCGCGCUCGGCGAAGCUACCCCGUGAGUCGAUUGCCAGGUUCGGUGCGCUGUUGACACCGCGCCGUCUCCUCCAUCAGAAGAAGUUUGGAUUUUCGCCCUUCCGUCCCCCGCCGACGUGGAAUGCGCUGCAGAAGGUCGAGGUUGGGCGCCGCAAGACCGACACGGGCGAUCCAACGCUGGAUGGCACACUCGACCUCGUUGGCUAUCAGCUCUCCCGCGACGGCUUACUCCCCCUGACGCACAUCUCCGGCCGCAGCGUCCCUCAAGUCGAUACGAGCGGCAUCUCGCCCGCAACGCGGCGCAAGCUGGAGAAGGAGCGCGAUGCGGCGGUGUCGCAGAUGAAGAGGAACGGCGUGCGACUGCGACGCAGCGUGAAGGAGACGGCCAUCACGAUCGGCUGCGAUGAGGCGGGCCGUGGGCCGCUGGCUGGCCCGGUGGUUGGCGCCGCUGUCAGCCGCAUCCCAGUCUCGAGCUUCAACAACGAAUUUGAGCAGCUCUACGAGGCCCCGGAGCAGUUUCAGAUCUUCGAUAGCAAAUCUGUGUCGGAGCGGCAGCGCGAUCUCGUCUUUGCGAUGAUCACCGGACACGUCGAUUUCUUCGACAUCGUCGGCAGCCGCAAGUUUGUGGUGCACCACUGCGCCAACGACGAGGCCCCGCCGAAUGUGGCGACAGGGAAGCGCUUCGACUCGCACGUGAAGCUGUCCAAGCUGCCGUUCAAGAAGUUGCUUUCGAUGCAGACGCCGUACCUCGUCACCUACCACGGCUACAACAGCGCCGGCAACUACGUGUAUUUCUGGUCGAUCGGGAUCGCCAACCACACGUACAUUGACGAGUACAACAUAUACAACGCCUCGAUGAACACGAUGCACCGCUCCGCGCUGUCGAUCUGGCACAUGAUGAACGACGCGCGCUUCUCGCAGGAGGUGGCCCCGCGACCGCGUUCGUCGACGAUUGCGCAGUACUUGUUUAGUCGCUUCUGCAUCUCCGCGAAGCACGACGGCGAGAAGCGUUACAAGGUGCCGCACCGCGUGGACCUCGUGAAGGGCGCGACGGACUACUUUGACUCGGAGCCGAUUCAGCCGCCCCUCGUGCUGAUCGACGGGCACGCGGUGCCGGGCCCGAGCUACGACCAUUUCACUAGCGUUAGCAUCGGCGGCGAUGUGCAGCCGAUCAUCGAGGGCGACAAGCGCAGUCUUUCCAUUGCCGCCGCUUCGUGUCUGGCAAAGGUGACGCGCGAUGAGCUGAUGAGCUACUUGGAUGCGCUGUAUCCCGGCUACGCGUUUGCCGUCAACAAGGGUUACCCGGUGGAGCACCACAUGAAGUACGUCGCCAAAAACGGCCUCAGCCCGAUCCACCGCAAAUCGUAUCGACCGUGCCGUGACUUUCUGGAAAAGGCGCAGAAGAAGAAGUAG